CCAAAUGCCACAAGCAAAACGCGAUCAUGAAGCCCGAGUUUCAGAGCUUGAGGAGUGAAAAUGGAGAGGAGGCUUUACAAAGCAGCAGCGGAAGGAGAUGUGGCUUCUUUGCUCGAUUUGCUCAAAGAGGAUCCACUGAUUCUGGAUAGGUGUACCGCGUGGUCUUACGAUGAGACUCCAUUGCAUGUAGCGGCGAUGCUCGGACAUGAGAAAUUCGUUGACGAGAUUCUGGAUCGGAAACCCGAGCUUGCAGGAGAGCUGGACUCUCGGAAAUUAUCCCCGCUGCACCUCGCGACAGCGAAAGGUUAUCUUGGAGUAGUGAAGAAACUGCUGAGGAUGAAUGUGGAUAUGUGCUACGCUCGUGACAAAUAUGGUAGGAACCCUCUUCACGUUGCAGUGGUUAAAGACCGAGUCAAUGUUCUAAAGGAACUGGUUCGAGAGAGUCCCCAUGCCGCAAGUCAUAAGAUGGAGCAUGGAGAGACUAUACUUCAUCUAUGUGUGAAGCAUAGUAAUUUGGAAGCUCUGAAGCUUCUGGUGGAGACUGUUGGAGAUCAUGAGUUUGUUAAUUCGAAGAACGACGACGGCGACACGAUAUUGCACCUAGCUGCUGCAGAUAAGCACACUGAGACAAUAAAUUUCUUGAUGUCUUGCACACCAGUGGAAGCGAACUCUCUCAACCGGAACGGUCUGGCGGCACAUGACCUUUUAGAACAGAGUGGAAUCGAGCCCAUGACGACGAUGGCCUUACCUUCAAAGGCAAACGAUCAGAGAAUCGCAUCCCCGGUGCAGCAAAAAGGUUCGAAGAAGAAUGUCAAGAAACAGUAUGAUUGGCUCGAAAGGAAAAAGAAUGCGCUGAUGGUUGUCGCGUCUUUAACCGCGACAAUGGCAUUCCAAGUUGGUGUCAACCCUCCGGGUGGUUUCUGGCAAGACACUAACCAAGGCGACGCUUCGACAAAACCGCACCAUGCAGGAUUUUCCAUCCUGGCCGACAAUUACCCUGUAGCAUACUCGCGAUUCCUGGCCAUUAACACAUUAGGCUUUCUCGCGUCCCUCAGCAUCAUCCUGUUACUCGUGAGCGGCCUCCCUUUGAGGCGUAGGUUCUUCAUGUGGAUCCUGAUGGUGAUCAUGUGGAUCGCCAUCACAUCCAUUGCGUUCAUCUACGGUCUCUCGAUAACAGUCUUAACGCCCUCUCCUGAAAGGAACGCGAUCUACGAGAUAAUAGGGUUCGGAAUCUUCGCGUGGGCUGGCUUGAUGGUUCUGCUCCUCGUUGGGCACACGAUACGCCUGGUACUGAUGGCUGCUCGCAACGUCAAGAAAAUAGUCACUCGAAGUUCUUCUGCCUCGCUGGUCAUGCACCAAGACAGCGUCUGAUGAGGAUGCUAGGCCAUAUCAGUGUAUGCAACAGCGCUCAUGUUUUCAGUGUAGCAAUGGUUCAAUACGUAUUUUAGAUAAGUACGUACCCUGUCUAGAUUAAUUGCUGGGCUGGCUUGCUUGCUUGCUAUGCUAUUUACGUCAAAAACAAGUUUGGGUAUUUCAAUGUGCUUUUUGAAGUUUCAGAAUUGGAA